AAAUCAGGCAAGUUACUAUUCCACAAGCCACAGCUCCAGCCUCACCUCCACCCCGCCAUCGCUGACGCACCUUGAACGUCCACCAAAGCCGACACCGAUAUAGCUUCCAGUUAAUACAGGAAUACUGCAAUACCUCGAGUCGCACGUAAAACCACCAGACCGAUUGAUAAUAACGAAUAACAAUAUGUCAAUUAUCCAGCAGCAUACGAGCGCGACGCUCGGUGACGCAUGGCGCACCAUCAACAUCGACGCCCUGAACGAAGACUCCAGCGUCAACUUCGACACCUCGACUCUGCAUCCCCCACAGCCCGAGAUCGACGAGGCGGAAGUGCGCCAGCUUUCUGGGCAGAUCAGGCAGCUGCUGAGAGGAGGUGAUGCGGAGGGAGCUUUGAGGGGCAGCUUGGAGACUCCAGUAUACAACGGAACGGAUGCAGCCAAGGAUGCUCAUCUGCACACUAUCAUCGAGGUCCUCCAGUCGAUUAAGGCAAGCGAUAUGUCCCCCUUACUGAAGAGCAUCUACGGAUCUGAGGGAGGCCCUGAGUGCCUGGAUGUCCUGAUGAAGUAUAUCUACAAAGGAAUGGCUACGGUUCACCCUGGAGCAGCUUCGCGAUCACCAAACAAGGUUACACCUCAAUCGACGGGAGGUUUCAGCCAGAUCGCCGGGCGACCUGGCUCGAAUGAGCCCGCCACUGCAGCCAUGAGUGUGCUCCUGAGCUGGCAUGAGAAGGUCGUUGAGGUCGCUGGUCUGGGAUGCAUCGGCCGAACAAUGAGCGAUUGGCGAAAGGUUUAGGGCCCAGAGACGUGUCAGCAAUGAUGAGCGGUCAAGAAUACAUAGAAUCAUGGAUCCAAUCCAUAACCCGCAGAGCGAACCUCCGUCCGCGAAACAUAGCUCUGAUGUUACAUUAUUUACACUAUACAAUCAUCUGCCUUCUACUUUUUCUCCAAGA